UUAAUCAUCAAUCAAAUUUAGUCAGAACCGUUUUUUCAAAAUUGUGUUGUGUAAUUUAACAACAAAAUGGGAUCACCAGAAAUUUCCGCUUUCUACGCGGACGCUCUGGUCAGAUCUGAACAAAGGAUUAGAGAAUGGAACCAGAAAAAUUUACUCAAUGUCUUAGAAGCCAAUAAGGAAAAGCAAGUCCGCGAAAUAGACGCCUCUAUAGCUUUAGCUAAGAAGUAUUUAGCGUUAUUAGACGAGCCUCGAAUUUACGCUAAACCAGUUCCGCCGCGCGAGUUAAUUCAGUCUGAAGAAUGCACUGAGAUGAAGGCCAUUGAACCUGAAGUGGUCAACUUACUGUACGGCAGCACAGAGAAAGGCUCUACCGUCAGAUAUUUAAAACAGAGAUACAAAAAAUCACCGGAGGAUAAGUUCAACUAUCGCGCGACCACAAGCUGUGAUUACGGCUGGCAACAGAGCAAAUCCAGGCUACCAGCUAGAGAUGUGAACAAAGGGCGCUGUGCCUUACUUCGCGACACAUUCUACAGAAAGAACAACCUUGGGCCCGAUCCGCCACAUUACUCCGAACCUAUCGGAGGAGAAUUCUCUAUUUGUAGUGUAUAUUCAUGCAGUAGCAAUUAAAAGUAUUUUGUUGUUUACAAUAUUCUUUCAUAAGCAAACAAUUUUGUUACAGUGAAUUUUAUGCCAAGUUUACAUUAUUCCAAUAUGCUUAUUACAACUGGAAAAAUGUAACUUACAGACAUUUCAGUAUGGGUUUGCUUUAUUCCAGUUGAAUUCCAGCGCUGGACUGCAUUGUGCAUAAAGAACUUUAUACCGUCUGAAUAAGUUUUUUAUUAUACUUAAGUAAACUAGAUGUGUUUGUAAUUGAAUAAAAACCAUAUAUACCAAAAAACAUA